CAGCUGAUGACACGAAGGACUAUCGUGGGAAUCCUUGAUCCAGUAGUUGGCCCAGCUGUUCGAGCGUUGCUGGUCGUUCGUGGCAUUAGUGGAUGCGUACCGAUCUACGUGCGCGACCUUGAUUUUCCAAUGAUAUUUUCAUGGUCAAGAUUUUUUGGGCUAUAUGGCGUGUAUCGGUCACUUCAACACUUGACUGUCGCAGAUGCGACAGUCCUGCUUUUCUUAACACCUCUUGUGACAGCGGUGGUUGGAUUCAUCCUCCUGAAGGAGAGCUACUCCAUCAAUCAAGCUGUUGCGGGAGGUGAAAGUCAUAAUGUGAUUUUUGUAAUGUGCCAAUGCUUAUAGAGGUUUCUCUAGUUUUCAGUUUAC